UGCAGUCCUCCUGCCUCAGCCUCCCAGAAUGCUGGGAUGACAGGCAUGUGCCACCAUGCCCAGAUCUGGGUUUUUCAAUCAUAGGACAGGAUUGAGACUGGGGAAGGAAAGAAGUCUGUAGCCAGGAGGACAGGUUUGGGGAGGGGUCAGCAAAGCAGUAGAUGCCUCAGCUCUGGGACUGAUGGCUCCUGCAGUGAGACCAGUUUCUCUUGUGUGUCCUGUCACCCCUAUGUCUGGUCCCUGUCCUGAGGCUCCACCACGUACCUGGGAGGACAGCGGGAGGUGGGCGGCUGAGCCAAGCUGCUGUGGAUGCUGGGCAGAGAGCUGGGGAGACACCUCCUCCGACAUAGCGCUUCCCCUGCAGAGGCAGUGGGUCAGUCUGCAGGGAGAAGGAGUUUGGCCAUUGUUGGAGUUGAGAGCUGAGCAUGGAGCUCUGUCUGUCUCAUCUGCAGAGCUUCAUGGCAUCUGAGUGUGUGUGCAAAUCUGUGUCCCCAUGUGUGCUCUAUGCACUCCUGUUUGUUUGUUUUCCCCAGUACUGUGAAUUGAACCCAGGAUCUUUGCAUUGAUCUACAUCCCCAGCCCUUUUGUGUGUGUGUGUGUGUGUGUGUGUGACACAGGUCUCUCUAUGGAGUUCAGGCUGGCCUUGAACUCACUAUGUAACCCUGGGCAGCCUCGAACUCGAAGCGAACCUCCUGCCUCAGCCUCCCGAGUGCUGGGAUGACAGGCGUGCGACCCUAAGCCGGCUGCGCACUGCUAGUCGCACCUGGGUGCUUGUGCCCGAGGGAGGGUCAGUGUCCUGCGGUCCGCGGUGCAUGCCCGCCUCCCCGGUGCCCACUGAGGGCGCGCGUGCCAAGCAGGACGCACGUCCUGUCUGUUUCCCCACCGCGCAAGCAUGAAGCUCGUGAAAGCGGAAGCCAGGGUUGGGGCGCGGGGCGGGGCGUCGGGGACCAACGUUCGCGCCCACACUGCAGAGUGACAAGCUGAGGCCGGGAGGGUGGGGGGCGGGUCCUGGCACCGCCUCCGGAGUCCUUUCCUAUACUGGGUCGCCGGCGAAUGAGGGCCGAGCCUGUCACGUGGGCGUGACAGCUGCGGAGGGGUGGCCCGCGGCAAUGUGGCCUGAGGGCGGCCUGCGCCAGGAGCCCAGCACCGAGGACCCCAGCCCCGCUUGCCCCACCCCGGCGCGCCCCCUCCCAGGGCUGCCCCGCCGGCCCCACCAUGUUCUCCAGGAAGAAACGCGAGCUCAUGAAAACCCCUUCCAUCUCCAAAAAGAACCGCGCGGGAAGCCCCAGCCCGCAGCCGUCGGGGGAGCUGCCCAGGAAAGAUGGGCUUGAUGCUGUGUUCCCUGGACCCGGCCUGGAGCCUCCGGUCACGUCCUCUGGUGUCAAGAACACAGCCACCCUGAAGCGGCCCACCAGCCUCAGUCGCCACGCCAGUGCUGCUGGCUUCCCACUCUCUGGCGCUGGCUCCUGGACACUAGGCCGGGGCUACCGAAGCCCCCUGACAGCCGCCAGCCCUGCAGAGGUGCCCACCGAGGGGCCUGGCACCGAGGCCACGGAUGACAUCUCAAACCUGCUGGCUGAUGUGGCUCGCUUCGCAGAGGGUCUGGAAAAACUCAAGGAGUGUGUAUUGCAUGAUGAUCUCCUGGAGGCCCGCCGGCCGCUGGCCCACGAGUGCCUGGGUGAGGCCCUGCGUGUGAUGCGCCAGGUUAUCUCCAAGUACCCGCUGCUGAACACUGUGGAGACACUGACUGCUGCAGGCACACUCAUCGCCAAGGUUAAAGCCUUCCAUUACGAAUGUAACAAUGAGUCGGACAAGAGGGAGUUCGAGAAGGCCCUGGAGACCAUUGCAGUAUCCUUCAGCAGCACUGUGUCUGAGUUCCUCAUGGGCGAGGUGGACAGCAGCACACUCCUGGCCGUGCCACCGGGGGACCCCAGCCAGCAGUCCAUGGAGAGCCUGUACCAGGGCAGCGAGGGCUCCCCGCCCAGCGCCGAGGACUGCGAGGAGGGCUGCCCGCCCCCGGAGGAAGUGGACAUGCUACUGCAGCGCUGCGAGGGCGGCGUGGACGCGGCUCUGCAGUACGCCAAGAAUAUGGCCAAGUACAUGAAGGACCUUAUUGGCUACCUGGAGAAGCGGACUGCGCUGGAGAUGGAGCUCGCCAAAGGUCUGCAGAAACUUAUCCAUGGUGCCAGACAGAACAUCACGCACGAGCCCCACAUGCCCCUGCUGUCCAUCUACUCGCUGGCCCUGGAGCAGGACCUGGAGUUUGGCCAUGGCAUGGUGCAGGCAGUGGGCACACUGCAGACCCAGACCUUCAUGCAGCCCCUCACCCUGCGGCGGCUGGAACAUGAGAGGCGCAGGAAGGAGAUCAAGGAGUCCUGGCACCGCGCACAGCGGAAGCUGCAAGAGGCCGAGGCCAACCUGCGCAAGGCCAAGCAGAGCUAUGUCCAGCGCUGCGAGGACCACGACAAGGCCCGCCUCCAAGUGGCCAAGGCCGAGGACGAGCAGGCGGCCACCUCACCUGGGGCGGGCAGCACAGCUUCCAAGACGCUGGACAAGCGGCGGCGGCUGGAGGAGGAAGCCAAGAACAAGGCGGAUGAAGCCAUGGCCACGUACCGCACGUGCGUGGCAGAUGCUAAGACGCAGAAACAGGAGCUGGAGGACACAAAGGUGACCGCGCUGCGGCAGAUCCAGGAGGUCAUCCGCCAGAGCGACCAGACCAUCAAGUCGGCCACCAUCUCCUACUACCAGAUGAUGCACAUGCAGACGGCGCCGUUGCCCGUGCACUUCCAGAUGCUGUGUGAGAGCAGCAAGCUCUAUGACCCUGGCCAGCAGUACGCAUCGCAUGUGCGACAGCUGCAGCGUGGCGAGGAGCCCGAUGUGCGCUACGACUUCGAACCACAUGUGUCUGCCAACGCCUGGUCCCCUGUCACACGUGCCCGGAAGAACAGCUUCAACAUUGGCGACACUUUGGGGACAGAGGCCACCAGCAGCAGCCCCUCAGAGGAAGGAGGGCCCAGUGAAGGGACAUCUGCCAAAGACCACAGGGGGGGACGGGGACACCAGGUGCACAAGUCGUGGCCAAUCUCAGUCUCAGACUCGGACGGCAGCCUGGCCCCCAGCGACGGCUCAGGGGACUUUAAGAAGUUCCAGCGGAUGUCAUCCAGUGGCACUGUGUCAUCCAGUGAGGAGCUGGUGGACCAAGAGGGUGGAGCAGGGACAGCGGAGUUUGAACAGGAUGACAUCAACAGCAUGGCCCCCCAGCUGCCAGUGGCUGUGCCCAGUGGGCCCUUUCGCCAUGUCGGGCUGUCCAAGGCAGCACGCACGCACCGGCUCCGGAAGCUCCGCACACCGGCCAAGUGCCGGGAAUGUAACAGCUAUGUCUACUUCCAGGGAGCUGAGUGUGAGGAGUGCUGUCUGGCCUGCCACAAGAAGUGCCUGGAGACCCUGGCCAUCCAAUGUGGCCACAAAAAGCUGCAGGGCCGCCUUCAGCUCUUCGGACAGGAUUUCAGCCGCGCGACCUGGGGUACCCCGGAUGGCAUCCCGUUCAUCGUGAAGAGGUGCCUGUGUGAGAUCGAGCGGCGCGCGCUGCGCACCAAGGGCAUCUACCGGGUCAACGGGGUGAAGACGCGUGUGGAGAAGCUGUGCCAGGCCUUUGAGACCAGCCAGGAGCUGGUGGAGCUAUCACAGGCCUCGCCCCAUGACAUUAGCAAUGUCCUCAAGCUCUACCUGCGCCAGCUGCCGGAGCCACUCAUCUCCUUCCGCCUCUAUCACGAGCUGGUAGGGCUGGCCAAGGACAGCCUGAAGGCAGAGGCUGAGGCCAAGGCAGCAUCCCGGGGGGCCCGGCAGGAUGGGUCUGAGAGCGAGGCGGCGGCCAUGGCCAUGGCGGGGCGCUUGCGGGAGCUGCUGCGGGACCUGCCCCCGGAGAACCAGGCCACGCUGCGGUACCUGCUGCGGCACCUGCGCAGGAUUGUGGAGGUGGAACAGGACAACAAGAUGACCCCUGGGAACCUAGGCAUCGUGUUCGGGCCUACGCUGCUGCGGCCGCGGCCCACCGAAGCCACUGUCUCCCUGUCGUCACUGGUAGACUACCCCCACCAGGCUCGUGUCAUCGAGACCCUCAUCGUCCACUAUAGCCUGGUGUUUGAGGACGAGCCAGAAGAGGGACUCAGGGCACAGGACGAGGCAAGCAGCCAGCGCUCAGAGGUGGUGGUGCCAGUGCCCUACCUGGAGGCCAGGGAGGCUGCCACCUAUGCCCUGCAGGAGGAGGACAGGGGCCGAGAAUCCCGAGUGGCAUCCAAUGAUUCUGACUCAGAGCUAGAGGAAGCCUCGGACUCCCUGUCCUUGUCAGAUGCCAGUGCCCUGCACCGCCUCAGCUUCCUGGAGAAGCAGGAAGGGGAGGCCAGCCCAGAGGAGGGUCCCCGAAGCCGGAGUGGCAGCGAGGAGCAGCUGGGGAAUGAGGAUGAAGAGGGCCCAGCCCAGCAGCUGUCCACAUACAACACCAAUCAGUCCAACAAUGUGGCGCUUGCCCGGCUGCUGCCCAUGAGGCUCCGCACCAAGUGCAUCUCAGGGGCCAGCUGUGGACACAGGCGGCCAGAGUUCGUCUGAACUGGGUGGGGAUGUUGCACUGCUGGCUGUUCUCCUGCCCCUCUGGAGGGCCCUGGGCCUGCCCUGGGUCAUUGCCAAGGGGGCUUGGGCUUGGAUGCACACACAGCUGAGGCCACACUGGUCACCUCUCUGGGGACAGCAGGCUUGGGGUCCACCCUGUGUCUGCCAUGCAGACAGGCCCAGCUCAGCCCAGCUGGGGGUUCCUGCCUUGGGGAAGUCACCUACUGCCAUAAGGGCUAAGCAGCCCUGCCCCAUGACCGCCUUCCCCAUGGCCUGGCCUCCCUGGGACUCAGGCCCCACAGGGAGGCCACUGCUGACCCUGAUCCGACCACUGGAGCUCUGGCUCCAGGAAGCUGUCACCUUUCUGUAAAGCUGGACUGGACACCUGGGCUUAGGUACACAAUGGAGUCCCUCACAGGCCACGUCUUUCUUGCAAACCCAAACUUCUUUUUGCUUAAAAUAAACCUUUUAAUCUGG